ACUAAUGUCCAGCUCACUGUGCACAGCACGAACCCCCGCAUCCCACUUGCCAUCACAAUCUCAGCAUCUUGUGAUGCAUAGGCAUGCAGUCGUGGUUUGCCACUCACUAGGCGGGGUCACUCGAAGACACCGACAGACUUCCCCGAGACACAACCAGCUCCGAGAGGUCCUCAGCCGGGGGUGGUGCUCCGGCCGCUCCACUCUCGCUUCGAUCAGUGGGGGGAGUUGGGAAAUACGAGUCGAGUGGUGAUGGUGUCGAUAAACGGCGGCCGCGUGCAUGCACAGGAGGCGGCUGCGUGCCGUCUCCGUCUCCCUGACUAUCAGCAGCACAAGUAGCAUCAACGGCCGACAGCCGCAAGUCAUCGAGCCCUCUGCUAUGCAAUUGCGGUACAGGCGAGCAGAACGGGCUCGUGAGGGGGGUGAUGCAGGAAUCGCCGCCAGUGGACAAUCGGAUGUCCCGCCCCUCCGGCAACGGCUCCGGCCGCUGCCCCUCGGGAGGCGGUGGAAGCGAUAUCUCAAGAGAGAAGGCAAGCUCGCUUGGUCGUGGGCCCGAUGUCGCUUUGUCACUGCCCGAAUCGUCGCUGUCCUCCUUAUUGCUGGAGCUCCCUCUUCUGCUGUCUCGCAGGGGGCUCACCACCGGUGACGACGAAGGAUGACCCAGUGUGGCAGACCGGUAGAAGUGGGCGGUUUUCCGCCGCUGGGCUGGUGCUGGCGUCUCCAAUGCCAUCUUCGAUAGCGGCUCGUUCCCCUUAGUCGAGUGCCACAGCAUGUCAAUCACAGCAGUCAGGAGGCGGACCUGAUGACCACAGACAGACACGAGCGAAGCCAAUCUAGCAGCCUCCGGGCUUCCCGGCAAGGCGUACCAGGUAUGAGAGGAUGUCUCUGUCCACGGCCGACCUGCCCGUGUGGUGCUCGACAGCACCUCGGGGGUGGGCGACCUGCAGGCAGCCUUUAAGAGCUGCACUCGGAUCAUCCGUCAGCUUGAUGGGCAGCACAGACAUUCCCAAGGGCACAUCAAGAUCGACGCCUGGGUCAAAUCUGCGCACGAGACAUGAGACAUGGUACGAGACAUUGUUGACUACGAUGCCUGUCAGUGCUUCAUGCGGCGACCUGUCGUCGGCAUUGGCCUGGGGCACACAGAUUUGGCGACCGUCGUAGAGCACCGCCCCUGCGAGGCCUCUGAACUCAUCAAAAAUUACCCUCUCGCCGUCAGCAAAUCUGCAACAAUGCCACAGAUACAGCUGAUCCGCCGAAAGGGUCGACGCGUCCUGGCUCACCUGAAGAAGCGAUCGAUGUGGAAGCGGUCGACGCAGAAAAGACGGACAGCUGGGGUUUCAACGACGUGGGGCAAUGACUUCUCGAGACAAGUGCAAAGUUCCUUGAAGGUCUUCGUGCUGGACAACUUCAAGGCAAGCUCUACCGCAUCUUUCAUCCUGCAGGGCAAAGCGUGGAGAGAAUGGUCUGUGGGCUCAACAGCACGUGCACACACGCACACACGCGUCCAGCCAUCGUGCUUACUUUUGGUUCUGAAUCGUCGUUUUUUCGAUAGCCUCCACCUUCUGCACCAAAACGCCGGCGGCCAACCCGAAACACCGCAGCAAUUCCUCGUCUUCGCUCGUAAAGCCCUGCUCCCCCUCAUGCGCCCCGCCCCACCCCCAGCCACCGACCGUCGCUCCCGACUUCUUCUGCGUUGCCAUGAUGACUCCCACCACUUUUCUGCUACGUGGGUCUGUGAUCGGGGCCGAGCAGAAGGGCUCGCUGGGGGCGUCGAGGUAGGAACGGAUAGUGUAGUCGCUAGUCAGUGUGGCGUUGCGGAUACAGCGGCUGGUGGACAAGACACAUCCGAUGACGUCCGCAUCGGUGACUUGGUGUCGCUGCUCCUCGACCUCUCUCUUCUCGUUCCGUGUGGUCUCCACAUGCGUCCACAGGUCACCCCUCCUCUCAUCCAGCAGGUAUAUCCGGCCGUGCAGGCACUGCACCACCUGCUGAAUGCUGCGGCUCCCACGAACGAGUGCGUCGCUGAGCGUGGUGGCUUGCGACAUCUCGUGGACAGCCACGAGCUCGUGUUUCAGCCUUUCUUCAUGAGACAACAACAAGGGACCCAGUGUCUUUGCAGCAACAACCCGCUGAGUCUGUGCCUGCCAUCCCACCUGUGAGCGAGGUGCGUCAUCCUCCGCAGCCUCGCGCCUUGGGCCUGCAGCGACGUGACGACACGAGCCUGCUCCGCAGCAGGGAGGCCCAGCAGGUCUUUGACGAAAGUUGUCGGGUCCUUCCAUUUCUCAAAAAGAUCCACGUGGUCGACCAUGUCUCGCCGAAUCCCACGCUCGAAAUACGAACGGAUGGAGACCGCAGAGCGAGCUGACGUUGGGGCGGCCGUGUGUGCCGUGCUGUCCUGCUCGGUCGGUGGUGAGUCGGCAUGUCGACGGGGUGAGGAGUUGGCCAGGUCCAGGCCGAUCUGGAGCUGUCUCUUCUCUUCCCUGAGGAGCCUGUUCUCAGCUAGGGCUUGUUUCAGCAGGUCGUCACGCUUUCUUAUCCCCUCCUGCAGCAGUCUGUUCUUGUCCUCUGCCUUAGCGGCCCUCCUCUGCUCAGCUCUCAGGCUACCCUGGAGCCUGCGAAUGGACAGUCAUAGCAUAAGGGUCAUAUUUGCCGUGAGGAGGUGCAUGCUCGUCUCGUGCGCCACCUGGAAGCAGUAGACAGCAGCUCGUUGAGUGCAGCAUCCAGAUCGCACCGGUCCGGCCUUCCCGACGUGCCCCUCGGUCCUCCUUUGUUUCCGAAAGAGCCACAAGAGCCCGAAUCAAUCACUGCCGCGGCCGAGGACGGGCGCCGCUUCCUCCCGCUCUUGGCCAGCUGACUCGGAGGGGGCGAGUCGAGCCCGUAGUCAGCAAGGCGGCGGUACAAAGGGCCUUUCUCCCAUUGGAUUCUGGCGACGACCUGUCGGAGGUUCGAGAGGGCAGCAUCCAGGUCAAGGGAGACAUCUGACGGAGACGGCUGCAGAUGAGCUCCGUCCUCGCAGGUUGCCUUCAUUGUUGCACUUUCCUUUCGAGGAAACUACAGCUUUCAGCGGCCUCAGCGAGCGAAGCUCGAGACGAUCUGGGCGAUCUCGCGCAUGCUCGAAUCAAUAAAAAGCGCCUAUUGAGUCAUGCACAACUUGCAGCACAAGGGUUCGUUCAGUCAGGCACAUGCACAACCAUGCCGCUUCCUACGUUUGUCUACUGACAGGUGUACGUGUGUCGAUGUAUGCAUGUAUGUAUGCAGAGCAGUUUCCUUUUCCUUGUGUACGACAGCAAGGAUGAUGCCCAGCCUACAGGGCCCACACAAUGCAGCACAGAUAGAGCACACACAGGGAAAGCAAGCACGGCACGCCUCUUAAUUUGCGGAUGCCAAAGGAUGACAUCACGCUGCGCAUGCAUGUCUCUUU